CUAUCUCUCUCAGUCUCUCUCCAUCUAUCUAUCUCUAUCACUCUGUCUCUUGGGAUGAUUGCAAUUGUCUAUUUUGGAAUUGUUUUAAUGCUAAAGCUGCAUGUGUUAUAAGACACACAACCAACUUUAUUAUCUCUUAUUAUAUAUGCUGAUAGUCUGAUAGCUGAAAGCACAACAUAAAUAAAGCAACAUCCUAAGUAGCAGAAAGAAAAAGAUGGCAGCAAAGCAAAUCCAACAAAUGCACUCCACAACACCAGAGAUAGCAGAAGAGCUGAAGAAAAUGAUAGACACAGGCUUUCCAAUGCUGGCAAUGGGGUUGAUAAGCUACCUGAAAAACAUGAUCCUAGUAGUGUGCAUGGGAAGGUUAGGAAGUUUGGAGUUAGCUGGCGGUGCAUUAGCCAUUGGCUUCACUAACAUCACUGGUUACUCUCUAUUGUCCGGCCUAGCCUUGGGAAUGGAACCACUCUCCAGCCAAGCUUUCGGCUCGAAAAACUUCAACAUUCUUUCCAUAACCUUACAGAGAACAAUAACAAUGUUACUCAUAGCAUCUUUACCCAUUUCCAUCUUGUGGUUCAACUUGGAGCCUCUCAUGCUAUGGCUUCACCAAGAUCCAAGCAUAAUACACAUUGCUGCCCUCUUUUGCCAGUUUGUCAUACCAGACCUUGUUGCUAAUAGCUUUCUUCACCCUUUACGCAUCGAUUUACGUUGCAAAGGGAAGACAUGGCCACUACUAUGGAGCACUUUAUUCUCAACCCUCUUCCAUCUCCCCAUAGUCUAUUACCUCACAUUCACUCUUCAUCUUGGGAUUCAAGGAAUAGCAAUUUCCACUUAUGUUGCUAACUUCAUUAAUGUCACCUUCCUUUUAGGCUACAUGUUUUGUACCAAGGAAGAUGAUGAGCCAUCCUUAUAUAAGCAGUCCCUAGCCAACAUAAACAUGAGGCCUAAUACUUCACUAGGGGAGGAGUGGGUGAUCCUACUCAGGCUCGCUAUACCGAGCUGUUUAGCGGUUUGUUUAGAGUGGUGGUGGUAUGAAUUCAUGACCCUUUUAGCCGGUUACCUCGAUAACCCUCAAGUCACACUAGCAACAGCAGCAAUUGUGAUACAAACAACAUCUUUGAUGUACACAUUGCCUUCUGCACUUAGCAGCUCAAUUUCUAGCAGAGUUGGGAAUGAACUUGGAGCAGGUAGAGCAGGGAAGGCCAGGUUGGCCACAGAUAUAGCCAUAGUUAUGGCCUUUGUGGCUUCAACCUUUGGAAUCUUACUGACCACCUUAGGAAGAGAGGUUUGGGUCCGAAUCUUCACAACAGACAGUGAAGUUCUUGAACUGACAGUUACUGUGUUACCCAUCAUUGGACUGUGUGAACUGGCUAACUGCCCCCAAACUACAUGUUGUGGAGUCCUCAGAGGAAGUGCAAGGCCUAAAGUUGCAGCCUUUAUCAAUUUCUACUCUUUCUACUUCAUGGGGGCACCUUUGGCUGUAAUUUUGACCUUUGUUUGGAAGCUGGGAUUUAAGGGUCUUUGUUAUGGUCUAUUGGUAGCUGAGUUGGCAUGUGUGGUAUCAAUGUUAAUAGUGAUUUACACAACAGAUUGGGAGAAUGAGACAGAGAAAUCCAAAGGCUUAGUGGGUAAAAGUGGGAGAGUUUUGGACGAGGACCUAAUUAUAAAAUACAGGGGAGAGGAGCUUAGGUUUUGCAUUGAAGAGGGGAGUGGGUAGAUUUAGAAAAGUAAUACUGGCAUUGGCAUACUUGAAAAAGCAAAAAAAGGGAAAUUUUUUAAUUUUUGUAAUGGGAGUGUUUAGGUCUUAAUACUACCUACUAUGUAUAUGUUAGUGUGUUACUAAAGUAUCAAUCUGUUCUCCAUGUUAAAAGAAUGAAAUAAAAGAUUGUACAUGACUUGCUCAAAACUUCAAACAUAUUGAUUGAAAGCAGGGGUAGAGCCGUAGAGGUAGGGGGCCUGGUCAGGCCCCAAGCAAUUCCCAAUUCGAAAAGUGCUUGUAUUUUUAGUGUAGAAAUUUAUGUGUAAAUUUUUUGCACCGUCUCACCACAACUUUUGCUUCCUUG